AGCGGCUGUACACAGACAGUCAGCUGUACGUCCACGUAACUCUGCUAAUGCUAACGCUAACACUAACGCUAACGCUACGUUCCUCACUUCGACUGCCCUGUUGUAACCUUGUGCUACUUUUAUACACCGUCUAAAGCAGAGCGCAAUCACAGGACGCCGUGUUUCGGUUGUAACUUUUGUUACUCCAGACUUCCGGAAGCGCGCAACAAUGUUGCCUCGCACUUUUGGUCGAUAAUGAAGAGGCUGAAAGCUGCACUGUUCUGUCUGAGCGUCGUGCUGCUGUGUUACUGGAAUCCUGUUCAUCAUGGCCUCUGCUCCGAGCCGAAUCAGCUCGGCUCACAGAAUCAGCCGCAGGCCCCAUCGGACGUCCCCGAUCAGCAGGACGAGUCUGAGGAGAACAGAGGAAACGACAAGGAUCUGCUUCAGGAUCCUCCUGCAGUUCACACAGUAGAACAUCAGACACCGACAGAUACACCAAAUGAGCCACAGACUCAGGAAACCACACUGCAAGACAAUAUCCAUAAGGAGUUUCAAGUGAACGAGGCCCCAGCAGAGACUGAGAUACCUGAGGCUGAUCCAGAGUCUUCCGUUCCCCCUGAGGAUGAUGCUGGUUCUCAGAACACACCCGUCUCCACCCUUCCUGCUGCUUCUAUAACUGAAAGUCAGACUGCUCAUGUCUCUGAGGAUCUGUCAUUCACUGCUACUGUCUCACCUGUACCAAGUGUAUGCAGUGACGGUGAUGACUCCUGCUCUUCCUCUCCUGUCAGUCCUGUCUCCCCCACCGCUGCCUGUGAUGCAGGAGAAAACCCUUCAUAUGAUGCAGACAUCAACAGUCUUCCCCUGGUCUUGGAUAACGGCAGCAGUCCUGAAACAGGAAAGAGUACGAAGGCAGGUUUAGGCCGAGCGAGUCAGGGAACCAAUGCCUCCAGCAUGCUGAAAGAACAGAAUGUUCCAGUAUCGACAGAAACAGAUCCAGCUCUUCCCAGCAAAGAUCCAGAAGACAUUCCUACAUUUGACGAGUGGAAAAAGAUAAUGAUGGAGGUAGAGAAUGAAAAAAGUCAGACCACACACACGUCCUGUAACGGGGGCUCUAAUGCUGUGAAGAAAGUGCAGAAAACCACCAACUAUGCCUCCGUGGAAUGUGGCGCUAAGAUCCUGGCUUCUAAUCCUGAAGCAAAGAGCACGUCUGCCAUCCUGAUGGAGAAUGUUGAUGUUUACAUGUUGAACCCCUGCAGCAAUAAGAUCUGGUUUGUCAUUGAGUUGUGUCAGCCCAUUCAGGUGAAGCAGCUGGACAUUGCCAAUUUUGAGCUCUUCUCCUCGACCCCCAAAGACUUUCUAGUCUCAAUCAGUGACAGAUAUCCAACCAACAAAUGGUCCAAGCUUGGGACCUUUCAUGCCAGGGAGGAGCGCACGGUCCAGAGUUUUCCACUGGAUGAGCAUUUAUAUGCUAAAUAUGUCAAGAUGUUCACCAAGUACGUUAAGGUGGAGCUGUUGUCGCACUUUGGGUCUGAGCAUUUCUGUCCUCUCAGCCUGCUGAGGGUUUUCGGCACAAGCAUGAUGGAGGAGUACGAAUUGAAUUCUGAGCCUUCUGAGAGACUCAACUUGGAUGAGGACGAUGAUUAUCCUCCAGGAUAUGUUCCAUCAGAUGACAAAUCUUCAAAGAAUCUGAUUGGGUCUGCCAAGGAUGCUAUUCUUAACAUGGUGAACAACAUUGCUGCUAAUGUGUUGGGUGGAAAUCCAGAAGAUGGAGCUCAGAGUGAAGGCAACUAUACCUCCUUACCUUUAAAUUUGACCGAGACACCAGGAACUCCAGAUCAGACAGUCUCCCUGACCUCAUCCAAGAUUAUAAUGGACAGUUUGGAAACGGACCAGCAUGAGGUCACUGCGACCCCCUCGGUGACAGAAGGUAUAGACACCGGUCCGAUCGUCCCCACCACAUCUCUCUCAGAGACUGCAACGCUUUCAGCUACAGAGCCUGUCGGGACAACACCAGUCAAAGAAGAACAGAUUGUUACUUUGCUAGCUGAGGAUUUGGAGGAGUCAGACAAGUCUGCCAACACUAUACCAGAACAGGCAGAGAUUGAGAGAGAGAAAUCUCCACAGAAUCAGCAGUAUUCAGGAGUAAAGGAGGUUGUGAAUUUCAGGGAGCACACUCCUGACUCCUGUUCUUGGGUUGUUUCGCUUAAAGAAUACCUCCUGCAGAGAUGCAGUGCCCUUCCAGUUCAUCAGGGGAAAAAAUGUAAAAAGAAAUCUAAAGAAUCACAUUCUCAACCCAACACUUCCCACAAAAUGGAAACCUCAGUCCCAGUAAUAAUCUCAUCAUCCCUGAUGCAAGAGCUCCACACCGCGACUGUGGAGACGACAACUCCAGUGGAAGGUUCUGUUGUGGUUGUUCCAGCUUUUUCUGAGAGUGUACCUGAGAACAGACCUGAGGCUGGAUCUGUGGAUCUUGCACCAAGUCUUAUUUCAGCUUUGGUGACGCUUGCAUACCCUGACACAUUUGCCUCUAGAGCCACUCAUGUUGUGGAUUUUUUGGACCCUUUGGAUGUCGAGAGUUCUUAUUUGACACCGAACGGGAAGAGGAGAGAUAAAGCAGAGAAAGGAAAAAACACUCCCAUUCUCACCUGCAACCUGGAACUGACCUCCACAGAUUUAACUACUGUUAGUGAUGAGGUGGCUCAUGUCCAGAUGUCUGUAUCUACAGUAGAGAAAUCUACCACUGAAGAGAACAAUUUGACUCCAAGUAUGAUGACCAGCACUAUAGAGCAUGCAACAUUAACCCCUCUAUCAACCUCCACUGAUCAGUCCUUUGUCCACCCAACCAUAAGCAAGAGUCCAACUCCUGCCAUAACACUAGCAGCUGUCUCUGUAACAGAACCCUUAGAGGAGGUUUCAGUUCUAGCAGAACGUAAACGUGAAGAGCUGGUAGAAGAAGUUUCCCUCGGAGACCAGAGUGGUAACAUUCAAACAGGACAAUAUAGUAAUGGCCAGCCAUCUUCCAAUGACUUCUAUGCUGAAAUCCCAAGUUCCACCGAGGCACCAAUGCAUGGCUCCAACCAGAAGGAGUCAGUCUUCAUGAGGUUGAACAACCGGAUCAAAGCCCUGGAGGUGAACAUGUCGCUCAGCGGCCGUUACCUGGAGCAACUGAGUCAGCGAUAUCGAAAGCAGAUGGAGGAGAUGCAGAAGGCUUUCAACAAAACCAUCAUUAAACUCCAGAACACUUCAAGAAUGGCUGAAGACCAGGAUCAGAAACAGACCGAGUCUAUACAGGUGCUGCAGAGGCAGCUGCAGAACGUGACUCAGCUUGUUCUCAAACUGUCACUGCAAGUGAGCCAGCUACAGAGAGAGGUCUCUGACAGACACAGCUACCUGCUGCUCUCUGUGAUCCUGGGCUUGCUCAUCUGCACCGUCAUCUGCGUUAAUUACUGCCGCAUGUCUGCUGGGAAUCUCUCGACAGAACCAGACCCAUCCGUACCAAACUCGCACAGCUCCUGCUGCCCUGACAGAGAUUCCCCUGGUUAUGAGUAUGUAAACCCAAAAAGAAGAGCAUCAUAUCCAUUUUCACAGUCAUCCCUGCACAUCACUACUACUGAAGGUCCAAGUGAAGCAUAUAACGUAGAAACUCGUAGGAAUUCAACCGGGACUAAAAAGAAAAAGCGUUGCAAAAUGAAAUCCGGCAGAAAGCCCGAGACGAUAACUCCAACAUUAUCAGUCCCCAAUGGAGGACUGCAGUGUAACCAGCACUGUCCUCACAGUCAGGACUUAAAGCUGGCUUCUUAUAUACCUGGCCCUCCUCCCUUUUCCUUUAGAGACUCUCCAUCAGAGGGCAGCUCUGAAGACUCCUCCCAGUCAGACGAGCCUUCGUUCUGCGGUAUCACCUCCUGCAGCCACCUCUGUGAUCCUCUGCCUGCUCCAAAGAGCCGCUCAAAAAAGAGGAACCGCUUAAAAAAGAAGAGCACGGUACUAGAGCAGCUUCUUCAGCCUGUGGAGUGUAACGGCCCUCCUGUCGCGUCUAAAUUCACCCUUCAUGGCUUAAUCACAGGCUCCACAGAGCUGAACAUGAACAGGCCAGGAGUCCCACUGCUUCCGAGAAAGAACAGUUUUGACUGACAAUGUUAAUGAUGCUGAUAUCUAUAGCCCCUGCUGAUUGGUAGCUACUACGUAAGCUACACUGGUGGCUUUAACUCCUGUGGUAAUAGGAUUUUUUUGUGGGUACAGGAAACAUGCUCACAGGGUUGUGGACACUGGGACAAUCAUCGACCAUCAUCUGCUUAACAGAGAGGAAUCAGCUGGAGUCAAAAUCACGACUACAACCUGAUAUAAUAUGUCCUAAUACGCUGCUGUUUUUAUAGGGAAAAAUCAUUUGCACAGUUUUUAAAUUGGUAAGGCUUGCUUAUGCUUUACAUAGUUUUAUAGAAUUUAAGUUUAAAAUUAAUUGUGACUCAAAAUCAGGUUUUUUUAUUAAUUGCAGAAUGCUGUUUUUAUAUUAAAAUAAAUCAGAAACUUU